AUGUUAUCAAACAAGCAAUUAUCCAUUGUAGCUUUAGUUUUUGGAGUCUAUGCAACAGCCUUAUACGUAAUAUAUAUAAAAUUUCCUUCAUUAGAAGAAAAUGAAAAAGUACAUUUAAAAUAUCCAAGAAAUUUAGAGGAUGCAAAACAAUUGGGUAUAGUUUUAUCAAGAUAUACAGACAAACAUUACUAUAAUGUUUUAUCUGGUGUAGUAGCAUUGUAUAUAAUUCUUCAAUCAUUUGCUAUACCAGGUUCAUUAUUUUUAACAUUCUUAUCAGGAUACCUGUUUAAUUUUUAUCAUGCCUGCUUACUUGUUUGUACGUGUUCAGCAAUUGGAGCAUCUGUAUGUUACUUUUUUUCUCAAUGGAUUGGACGGGAAUUAUUAAUAAAGUAUUAUCCACAAAAAAUUGAAGCAUGGCAAAAAGAAAUUGAUAAACAUCGUUCAAAUAUUUUUAAUUAUAUCUUUUUUCUUCGUGUUACACCAUUAUUUCCAAAUUGGUUUAUUAAUAUGACAAGUCCAAUUGUCAAUGUACCUUUAGUGCCAUUUUUCUUUGGAACAAUGUUAGGUGUAGCACCACCAUCAAUAGUCUUUAUACAAGCAGGGAAGACAUUAAAUUUAAUGACAGAUACAAAUCAAAUAUGGUCAUGGAAUUCAAUUUUGUUAUUAACAUUUUUUGCCUCACUUUCUCUAUUACCAGUAUUUCUAAAAAAGAAAGUUUAA